AAUUACCGUCAUAGAAUAUGUGAUCUAUUAUUUUAAUAUGAGAAAUAUGAUCAGUGAAGGUCUUUAUAGAUUCUAUACAUAAUUUCGCGUGUAAUCAUUCCAAAUUGGGUUUCUACGUCUCGAACCUUCAUAAGCGAAUAAGCGAUGAAUUAGAUUUACAUAAUCUUCAUUUCAUUUGUCCUUCCCUUUAUCCUCCUUUCACUUUACUCACUUACGAUACCAACUUUUCUUAUGUAUAACCCUGUCAAAAUGAACGACAAAUACUCGAAUAUAACAAAGAUUGGGGAAGGAACAUACGGAGUUGUUUACAAGGCCGAAGAAAAGAAGACAGGUCGGGUCGUUGCUUUAAAAAAAAUGCGACUUGAGUCUCAGAAUGACGAGGGUGUACCCUGCACCGCUAUGCGAGAAAUAGCAAUAUUGAAAGAAACUAACAAUAAAAACGUUGUAAAGUUGCUAGAUACUAUUCACGCGGAUAAAAAACUUUAUCUUGUGUUUGAAUAUCUCGAUAUGGAUCUGAAGAGAUACAUGGAGAUGACUCCAAAUCAAUUUUCAACCGAGAUAAUAAAAAAAUUACUUUUUCAGUUAGUUAGUGGCGUUCAUUAUUGCCAUUCCAGACGCAUACUUCAUCGUGACCUGAAACCUCAGAAUUUACUCAUUGAUUCUAAUGGAAAUUUGAAAUUAGCCGACUUUGGUUUGGCAAGAGCGUGUAGCAUUCCUAUGAGAGCUUACACACAUGAGGUUGUAACUCUGUGGUAUAGAGCUCCUGAAAUUCUUUUGGGAUCACCGCAAUAUUCAACUGGAGUUGACAUGUGGAGCGUGGGGUGUAUUUUUGCAGAAAUUUUAAAGAAAGCUGCGUUAUUCAAAGGCGAUAGUGAAAUCGAUCAAAUUUUCAAGAUAUUUACUUUUCUCGGGACUCCUAAUGAGUCGCUUUGGCCUGGAGUGACAAAUCUUCCAAAUUUCAAUGUCACAUUUCCAUAUUGGGUUCCCACGCCGUUCGAAGAUUUUUUUAAUGAAUUAGACGAUAAAGGAAUUGAUCUAUUAGAUGGAUUUUUGACUUACGAACCUAGUUGUAGAAUAUCAGCAAAAUCUGCCCUUUUUCAUCCCUAUUUUGAAGACUGCUAUGAAAUACCAUUUUGAAGAAACGAUAUCCAUUUUGGACUUUGUAGAUAAAUUCGGACAAUCAAAAUUGUAAAUAAUACAAUAAUUCGAUAGACAUUGUCAUAACUAUAAUUACAUGAUAGGAAUUUUUAAGCUGUAAAAAAAUCUCAGCUUAUAAUGUGUUUAUAGGUAAGUAAUAAAUAUAAUAAUGGUUAGUUAAUAUAAUGAAAUAAUAGAAACAUCAUAAACAAUAAAUUCUGUAAAAAUGUAUAAAAUAUGAACAAAAAAAUGACUUCGUGUUUUUUU